AUGGUUUACUACCCAGAUAAACCCUUAGACGUGAAGGAGGCAAAGAAACAUCACGCAGAUGGAGCGGACAAAAAACGUUUGAACAUUAGCUGGACUCGCAAAUUCGUCGAGUUCAGCAAACGGACGGACCUCCAUGGUUAUAAAUACAUAGUUAUGGAGGAUUUGAAUGUUGUGGAAAGGAGCUGCUGGGCGGUCGCGGUGUUGGCGAGCAUUUGCGUGGCGAUCUACUUUGUAGUCACAGCGUACAAAUGGUACGCCAGAAACCCCAUAAUUACCGUGAUAGAAAGUACACAAGGUGCCAUCUGGGACGUGCCAUUUCCAGCGGUGACCAUUUGUGAUUUGAACAUCGUCUCUCGAAAAUCAGCGCUCUCUUUUUCCAAAAAUGUGACACUUCCACCAAAUGUCACUGCAGAAUUCGUAUACGAAACUGUUCGUUUGGCGCCACUUCUCCAUGCCACUUAUGUGGUCGGAAGUGCGCAGAAAAGAGACUUGAAAUUGCUGCAGAAGGUUCUAGAUCUGAACAAUAUUUCUAUGGAGAAGUUGUUUCGGAAGCUGUCUCCUGUGUCAUCAUGCAACCAGCUGCUGGAGCGGUGUAUGUGGAAAAACACCGUCUACCGCUGCGACAAGCUGUUUUACCAGGUGUUCACGCUGCAGAACCUGUGCUGUGCCUUCAAUUACUUCGCAUUCGAUAAUCCAGAUAAACAGAUCAAGUCACCGCGCAGAGUCGCCUCAUGCGGCUACCAGACAGCGCUGACUGUGCUGGUACAAACCGACCCUGGGGACUACUACAGCGCACACGUCGCUUCACAAGGAGCUUUCGUGUACAUCGAUGAUGCCUACAACGCACCGGACCUGGACUCCUCGGUGCGGCUGGUGAACCCCUCGUCGGAGGUCAUGAUCGCUCUGUCCCCCGAGCGCACGUACAGCACGCCGGGCCUCAAGGCCUUCACCACGGACUAUAGGAAGUGCUACUACAAAGAUGAACUGAAAAUUGGACACUUCAGACAGUACUCAUUUCACAACUGCAUAAUGUACCAGAAAAUGCAAAUCGUUAGAAAUAUUUGCGAAUGUGUUCCUUUUUACUUCAACAUGGAUAGUGGCAAUGGUUUUUCCCGCUCUUGCAACUUCAACGACAUUGAUUGUCUCGAAAAUGUGUUAAGGUUCGACGACUUCCAAAACUUUGAAGACUAUGGUGGUACAGUCAAUUGUUUACCAGAGUGCGAACAUUUCAAUUACCACUUCGAGGUUGCGCUUGGUUCUUUAGCCAAGAAAGUGGAGCUUAAUGGUCACCCAUUCUUCAAAGACGUGAAGUUAGAAAAUCAUUCGUUAGUGAAUAUUUUCUUCAACGACCUGGUUUCGACGAAGUACCGCCGGGAUGUGUACCUCAACUGGCAAAACCUACUAGCUGCCUUCGGUGGACUUAUGAGCCUCAUACUUGGCUUCACGUUGAUAUCAGGCUUUGACCUGAUUCUCUUCAUCGUCUUCAGAGUCGUCUUCGAUGUAUUCUCGAAGCUUCUUAGGAGUACCGAUAAUGAUGUCGACACCAAGUAUCAUAAAGAAAACAAAAUUAAUCAACAGAACCAAAGAAAACAGUGGUUGGAACCGAGUAUAAAGAAAAUCGCUCCUAAGAGAUGGUGAAGUCAAAGAUUUUUCAUAAAAAAGUUAAUAUUUAACUGUAGGUAAAAUGAACCUUUUUUGUAAUACUUAGGUUACAUAUUUUUCACCUAUCUACACAUAGGUACUCGUAAGUAAUUACUACUUUACAAGAUAUUAGCUUUUGCCCUGUGUUCUACUCGGGAUUUUUUGUUCAAAAAAUACAGAACCGUAUUGUAAGUUUUAGCAACUUCGUAAAUAAAAAAUGUUAAUCUUUA